AGUCAAAAAAUUGUUAAGUAAUGUACUUGUUGUAGUUGUAAGUUGUAACUGAUGUCAGAGGCAACAACCAAACCAAAUCAAACUACUAAUUCCACCAUUAUAUUCUUCACAAGAUGGAGCGGUUUAACAAACAUCACUUCCCAUUCCAUACAUAUUUACCUUCUUUCUCACACCUCUCUUUUCACAACUUCACACACCAACUCUCUCUCUCUAAUGGGAAACCAUUUCUCAUUUGCUUCUACCAUCAAAAUCAUUCACCAUGAUGGUUCAAUUCAAGAGUUUGAUCAACCAAUAACAGUAGCAGAACUCAUGUUAGAUCAUCCAAAGCAUGUUGUCGUUGAGUUUCAUGCAGCGCUGAAACAGAAAAAACCAACGCCGUUACCAGCUGACAAGAAUCUUGAGAUGAACAAAAAAUAUGUUAUGGUUCCGGUGAAGCCGGGGAAGCCGGUCGGAUUAAAGGCGGAAGAUUGUCGUCGGAUUCUUUCGAUGGUUGAUUCGUCUCUUGAUUCUAGUAAUUAUCUUAUGUGCUCUAAUGGCUUUGUUCCUUGGAUUGUAAGGUUUUUGAAGAAAAAGAAUGGCGCAGUUGGAGAGGCUGAGAAGAGUUUGCAGAUAGAUGAAGAAGAGAGGUUUGAGUUUUGUGAGUUUUUGCCGGAAAUGAUGGAAGAGAGAGAAGAGUAUUUGAAUUUGAGUAGGCAAUUGUCAGGGAAAGGGUGGAAGCCUAGUUUGGAUACUAUUAAGGAAAAGAAGGUUAAGAAAAAGGUAUCUGGUUGGUUAUUUCUUAGAAGUUUUGUUGGUGCAAAGAUUUGAAGAAUAAUAGGGUCAAAGUAAUGAAAAUGUUAUUUAAGUUAUUUUGAGUCAUGUUAUAUUGUGGUUGUACUUAUUUCUCAUCUCACAUUUUCUACUUCUAUUUUCUCUUGUCAUUUUUUUUUGACUUUCCUCUCUACACUAUUUCCACUUUCUACUUUGUCUCAAGAAAGGUAAAGAAAUGAGCAUAUAAAGUAAUGUUCUAAUCCUCAUGACUCAAGAACUUUAUUAAUGACAUCUAGUUUCAUUAUUGUUUA